AUGUACAAGGUUACGAGGAAGCUAUCCACUGACAACACCGCAGCUGUUGUCUCCGCCCGGGUCUUUCUCUGCUCUAGUGUCUAUCGCUUGAGAGCUACACUGGACAAGGCAGAGCUCUUCAAUGAGUUCAUUAAUCCAGAGCUGCGUGAUCAUAUGCGCGAGACGAUACUCGACAAUGCCCACAAAAUCCAUCGGCGCUACCUCGAAGGCGAGUUUGAAGAUCAACCGGCAAGACUUGCCGGUCUCGUGGAUGGUCUGCGUGGGUUUGGAGUCAACGAUGAAGAGAUCGACGCCAUCAUUGCCAUAUCCAAGAAUGUGGACGGCGUGCCAAGCGAAGAGCAAGAUAAAGAGCCCACGCAAGGCCAAGACGAUCCUGACCACUAA